AUGCUCAGGCCAACUUUCAUUCUCAGCUCUGCCUUUGCAUUCCCGCUGCUGAUAAACACUGCAGCAUCCCUCCCCGAUAUUCUGUAUAGAGCCGAUUCACGCGACCCGGGCACCAUCCAGAGGUACGGAGGCUUCAUGAGCCUAGGCGCCAGUCUCGGACAUGGGGAAGACUAUAGCAUAACGCCGCUCGACCACGUCACAAUGGAUCCAACAAUAUACGGACAUGAUAGAGAUCCCUGGAUUUCAACGACGGCAAACUUUGACUAUGCUCUCGAGCAUGUCCGACGACGAGCGCUCGGCCGCACGUGGUACAUUUAUCAUAUCAAAACGGCAGGACUCUACAAAAUUAUCGACAUGGCAGACGAGUACCGGAAGGUCGGUGGGUCUUAUGUAUGGGGUAGUGAACAGGAAUAUGCCGUGGCUCAUCGGAUUCCUUGGAACUAUGUCAAAGGUUGGGACACGAUUGAGCCGCAUCAUGAUUGGCAUUCACGCUCGAAACCUAAAGCAACUCGGUUCCGCAGCUACGAAUCCGACGAGGAACACGGCUCGGGGGAUGCGGAAAGUUAA